GACCUCGCCACGAUUGGGAAGUUUGAAAAUAGAGGCGGGACCGAAGAGGCCCUCGUGGUUCAAUCUUAGCGUCUCUGAGAAGAAGGAAUUAAUUGACUGUUGGGCUUGUAAAUGCCAGUCAUGGAGGUGAUUUCUUCGUGUCAAUUGGAGGCGCUCAAAUACAGCGAAUUGCAGUGCCUGGCCAAGUCGGUGGGGUUAAAGGCUAACCUCAAGGCAGCCAAGCUGUUAAAUGCAUUAAAGAAGCACUUCUGUGAAGAAAAUGAAAAUACGGGUAUCAAAAAGACAUCCCCAUGUACAGAUAUUGAGGAAAAGAAUGGCAGUCAAAUCUCCAUAAAUCUAUCCACAAUCACCAAAAGGCAUAGAAAAUGGACAGAAGAUAAUGCCCAGCAAACUACACAAGAAAAUCUUAAUAAAGAAAAAAUGGAACUGGAUUCAGAGAAAGAGGUUCCAAUAUCGUUAAAUUCUGAAGGGAACCCGGAUGCAGGAUUUGAAAAGAUACUGAAGAUAAAGCAAAAUGAUGAAUCACAAAGCAGUGGAACAGCAGGAAACUUAGAAGACUUUGUCACUCCAAGUCAGCGAAAAGGAAGAAAUUCUACUAGGCAAAAAGGAGUUGAAAGUAAAAGUUUACUGGAUUCUCUUUCUGGGAAGAAAACUAAAUUGGGGAAAAAAGGAAUAAUUUCUACCACCCCAGAUUUUAAGAAACUUCAUGAGGCUCAGUUCAAGAAAAUGUUAUCUAUUGAUGAAUACAUUGAAAGGAAAAAUAAAAUGAUGUGUAAUUUCAGCAAUGCAGUUAAUGAGAUCAAGAUCCUGUCUAAGACUAAGAAGUCUCUGAAGACUUCUCAGAAAGAAAAUCUAAAUACCAGUUCAAAGCAGGUACAUUCCAGUUCCAGAGGGCUUUUAUUAAGUCCCCCUUCUCAAAAGAAUAGGCUUUCUGCCACAGGCACUCCAAUAAAACUGCGACGUUCAAUACGCAAUUCCCCUGGCACUGCAAAUAAAAGUAUUCUGUCUCGAAAAUCAUCCUUCAGUUCAACCAAACUGAAUUGCCUUUCUACAACUAAAAUGAAUGUCAGGUUCUCUGAAUCUACAAAAGACAAUGAAGAGAAACGUUCCCUUACCAAGACUCCAGCUAGGAAAUCUUCGUUUCUGAAAAACUGUACUCCAGAUAAUCAGAAAAGCAGUGAAUGUAUAACUAGCAAAGACUUCAAAGGCGGAGCAACAAACUGUCAGACAACAGAAACUUCAAUGAAUUCUGCUGUCACACCUUUCAAGAGUAUAAAUCAGACUGUAGAACCAACAAGCAUCAAGAAACCAGUAUUUGAUCUACAAGCAAGUCUAUCAAAACCACUUACUUAUCAGCCACACAAAGGAAAACUGAAACCAUGGGGCAACCCUGGCGAGAAUCACCAGAGACUAUAUUCCCACAAGAAAUAUUACAAAGAGCCAUCUCUUCAAACCAGAGAUGAGAGACGGGAGAAACACAUACAAGGAAGAAAACAAAGAAAAGACCAAAAGCUUAGCACAGUGAGGCGGCUGACUGUUGCUUAAAGCUGACUUUUAAAUUGUUCUGUAGAUAAUCUUACUAUUGAAAAUCUUUACUUUCUUGUAAAUAAUUCUUGUCUCUGCAUUGAAAUACUUAAGUUAUCUAGACUGAGUAAUCUUAUUUUAAUAUGAACAUAGAAGCUUGUCACUUUUACAUUGUUAUCCAGUAGCUAAUGCUAUUGUCUUAGAAGGCUUAGAAAUCUCUUCAAAAGGGCAGCUCUUUUUUCCCCUCAAAUCUGCUUAGUAUAUGCCUUAACUAUAUCCUAAAUUGUCUGGAAACAUUUCUUAACAACUAGAUCGAAGUUUAUUUUAUCAAAAAAUUCAAUCCUCUGGACAUACAGCAGAUUUUAAAUUCAUUUAAUGAGAAUUUUUUAUAAAAUUGUUUUAAUGUACUAAUUAAAAUAAUUGUGUUUAUAGAUAAAAGUUCAUUUUAAUUUUACGACUAUACAGCUUCGUCAUGUUGUCAACUUUUGUCAGUCAACUAUUUUCAUUGUACAUAUAUUCUGAUGACUAGAUUUUUCUUUUUAGAGUAGAAUUGUCAAUUUAAUUAGCAUGUCAAAAAGAAAAGAUACCACAAUGAAGUCUAUGAUAAAAACAAAAACCUAUCUUCUAUUCUCUUUUCCCCAAUUGGAGUAUAGUAUAUAUUGAGAUUAUUUAAAUUUAAAAUAUUGGUAUUUCUUACUCAAAAUAGAUCAACUUCUUAGCUAUUGAACCAGCUCCUAAACUGGUAAAAAGAUUUCUAAACUGAUUUCAAAAUAUACAUAUAGUUAUCCUAAAAAAAAAAAUUCCUUAUACAGUGGGGAUUAAAACAUGAACCCAUUUCGAUUGUCAGUAUUUCUAUAUAAAUAUCACCCAAAUGUGAUGUUUUCCAUACCAUUCCAAACAAUAAAUUAAACAAAUUAGCCAAAAACAUCAUCCCUGUUCAUUUAUUUAUUGAAGCAGUACCGCUGUAAUUAAAUGCUGUUAAGUUCUUGUACCAUAAUCAUAAAAUAAUAUUUUUCCUAAAGCAAUUUAUCCACAUAACUGAUGCUUGUAAUAAUGGAUUAUGUAGUUUAUUCAACUGUGCUUUUUCUAAUGCUUUGUAUUCUAGCACGCAUCUGGAGCAAAUCAUUAGGAAAGGAGCUGAAGUCACUUAUACAACAGAGGUUAAGGUGAAAUUUUGGAGAGUUGUAUCAAGCAGUAAUCUUUUAAUUGGUUGCUCAUACCUAGUUUCUUCAGUGACAUUAUCUAAAUCAAAGUUCCUGUUCAUAUUAAACUCUACUUUUAGAAAAUAUUUGACAUCAACUAACUUGAUGAAAGAGAAUUGCCUUUUGCAUUUAUAGCAGGUUUUUUCCCCCCAAACAUUGUGGAAAUCUUUUGAAACAUAGUUUUCUCACCUUUCUGCCUCUGUUACAAAAAUGUCUUCAGUUAUCAUACAAAGGGUUGUUUUAUUUAAAUGUUAAUUUAACGGGAGUAUAUCAUUUUGGUAUUUGAACUCCAGGGACAACCAACGUGUUGGCUGUAGUUAUAACUUCAGAAAUGCUAUAAUAU